AUGGACGUGGAGCAGAGGGGAAAGAAAGGGAGUGUUGUCGUCUGCGAGGUGGAGUGGUUUGGGUUAGGUUGUGGUGGAGCUCUGAGCGCUGGAGGGGGGGCACAGGGGGCGAACCAGGCAGUGCAUACCCGCAGCAUUCAAAUGGAGCUCCCAUUGGGAGGACGCCUCCAGGACGCCUUCUGGGUUCUGGGUUCCCGAUGCAUGGAACUGGUCCCACACCGCAGGAUUCCCCUGGUGCGCAUGGAAAAUGGCUGA